GCCUCCUCCCUCUUAUUAUAAGAUCUCCCGGACUCGCAACGCUCUCGUCUGUGCUGCUGCCAUCUCCCCAUCUGUUGCCAGCACGCUGUAUCACCAUGGCUCCUAUCCGUCUGCGCCAUCCGAAAGGCGUUUCGACUCUCCAGCUAGACCUCGAGAACUCGACCGUUCUUGAAUUGCAGCAACAGAUCUUCUCCGUUACUGAAAUCCCCCCAUCCCAGCAAGAUUUAAAGGCCGGCUACCCUCCACACCCCCUCACACUUAUACCAGAGCUACCUCUGUCAAGCCUGGGUCUCAAGGCCGGGGAUCAGUUGACAUUGAUACAGAAAGCAUCCGCUCCUUCUGCUCCGGCUACGUUCCAGUCAACCUCUGCGGCAGUCAGUUCGUUGGGUAGUCAAGCAGCUGCAAUGACUGGCAUGACCGCUUCGCAAGCGCGGAGUCCCGAGCCACCCGCUAGCAAGGGUCGCUCGACUGGACCAGAUGUGGUUCCUAUGGAGGGCGGGUACCUUGUACACCGGAUCGUCCCAGACGACAAUUCUUGUCUAUUUUCCUCUGUAGCGCUCGUGUUUGAGCAGGAUAUCAGCAAGGCCCCCAAGAUGAGACAGAUUGUAGCGGACGCGAUCCGAAGUGAUCCUGUGACUUGGAACGACGCCAUCCUCGGCCGCCCACGGGAAGAUUACAUUUCGACGAUCCUCAAGCCAACUUCGUGGGGUGGAGCCAUUGAACUGACCAUCCUAGCUACACACUAUUCCACAGAGAUUGCGUCGAUCGACGUCGAGACUGGACGCAUCGAUCACUUCACGCCUCCUCCGGAACGCAACUCUGGCAACCGCUGCGUUUUGAUCUACUCUGGUAUCCACUACGAUGCCGCAAGUUUGUCGCCGAUGGAGGACGCCCCAGUUGAGUUUCAUCAGACAAUCAUGCCGGUGACUGUGGAAGGCGAUAGCGACCCGGUGCUCGCGGCAGCGAAGAAGCUGGCGGAUAUUCUGCGCGCGAAAAAGGCAUAUACAAACACAGCAACGUUUGACUUGAGGUGUCAGAUAUGCAACAAAGGUCUGAAAGGAGAGAAAGAAGCACGAGCACAUGCAUCAGAGACUGGACAUGUUCAGUUUGGAGAAUAUUGAAGGCGGUUCACACGUUCAUGUUACGAUGUAUCUGUAAAGCUGUCCUGUACGCUGUGAUGGAUCGACCAUGCUAUGUAUGCUAUGUCAUUGAUUCGUCAUCCUGCCAGGCCUUACGUCUUUAGUACUGCACUAAUACGUUACGAAUGCUCAGAUGUUUUAUGUACCAUCGAGCGCUGGUCUCUGAAAUGGACCGAGCGGAUUCCCAAUUCCUCAGAUCACCCAUUGUCAAA